UUCUCGGAAUGUGUCUUCACUGACAAUCCCGCCAUUACUUCCCACGACGCAAUAAUUAAUGGCGUUAAAGAUAUACAGUUGAGUGUUAUAUAAGAGGGCACAACCAACCUGAAGUAAUCAAAUAUCUUACUCUCUGAAGCUUUGGAAACAAAUUCAGUUUAUAAAAAUGGCUUCUUUCAGUUCUAGCUCAGUUUGCGUUGCUGCAUUUCUACUGCUUUCGAUCUUCCUGGUCUCAGCUUCAACAAACCAGAAAAAUGUCAUUUCCUAUGUUUUGCCUACAUCGGUAGGAGCUGGCGGUCAGUGUGGUCAACCUGGGGACUCAUCCACUGAAACUACGAUUAUCUCCACAAAUUGUGCCGACUGUACAAACUGGUGUAAUGAAGAAUGUGCUGAUACAGACAGUGAGGUGGUUGAAAACAAGUGCGCAAUAGGUGAUUCAAAAUACGCCAGGCGCUGCAAGUGUUGCUGCCGUGAAAAAGCCGCACCUCCAGCCGAUCAGUGUCGUCAACAAGGUGGCACACCCAAGGAGACUACAAGGCCCACCGCAAAUUGUGGCGAAUGUACAACCUGGUGUAACCAACAAUGUUCAGCUAUGGGCGCUAGUGUGAUUGAUGACAAGUGCUCAAUACCAGGUGGAUCUUCUUGGCUCAGGAAAUGCGAAUGUUGUUGCCGUGAUAACUCAAAACCCCCACCUCCAGCAAGUUGCGGUUGUGCUCCAGAUGUAACAUUGACCACACCGGGUUCCAAGCCAUGCAAUUACAAGCUUGUAUCGUCGUUGACAUCCUCAUCAUCAUAGAUAUAUCAAUGGAGCAUGAAUGGAAUUAACGAUCGUUGAUUGGAUGUGAUUUGUUUCUUUUUUUAACUUCCAAGUUUUUGAUUUGCUUUGUUUUAUGUUUUGAGUUUGAACUCAUUUGGAUAAUUGAAUUGGUUUUUGCAUUUAAGGGAUUGAAUAAGUUGUCUUACUUUUCUAAAGGUUAUGAAAUCUAUUGUAAUCUUUAUUUAAGUGUUUGGAAUUAAUGAAAACGAUGCUUAUUAGAAU